UAAUGAAGGAACUUCGUCUCAGUAAGGCGGCGGCCACGACAGGGGAGGGACGGGGAAAAGUCUUCGCAAAUUUCUUCCUCAUGGUCGGGCCUUCUCUUCGUUGGGUUUGAGUCUUUUGACACUGCCGUCACCUCCCCUGGGAGAGAGAGAGAGAGAGAGAGACAGAGGCGGAGGCGUGCGUCUGCGAGGACGAAGCGUCUGCUGGAAAGAGGAGGCGAUAGAUUGAGGUGAGGGAGAAGAUGAGCGGGCACGACUCCAAAUACUUCUCCACCACCAAGAAGGGAGAAAUCCCAGAGCUUAAGGACGAACUCAAUUCUCAAUACAAGGAUAAGAGAAAGGAUGCUGUGAAGAAGGUCAUUGCUGCUAUGACUGUUGGUAAAGAUGUUUCAUCAUUGUUUACAGAUGUUGUGAACUGCAUGCAGACAGAAAAUCUGGAGCUUAAGAAGCUAGUUUAUUUGUAUCUAAUAAACUAUGCCAAAAGCCAACCUGAUCUGGCUAUACUUGCAGUUAAUACAUUUGUGAAGGAUUCACAAGAUCCAAAUCCUCUUAUUCGGGCUUUGGCAGUGCGUACUAUGGGAUGCAUCCGUGUUGAUAAAAUCACAGAGUAUUUAUGUGAUCCUCUUCAGCGGUGUCUUAAGGAUGAUGAUCCUUAUGUCCGUAAGACGGCAGCAAUGUGUGUUGCAAAACUAUACGACCUAAAUGCUGAACUUGUGGAAGACCGAGGUUUUCUAGACAUGUUGAAGGACUUGAUUUCUGACAACAAUCCAAUGGUAGUUGCAAAUGCUGUUGCAGCUCUUGCUGAGAUCCAAGAAACUAGCAGCCAGUCAAUAUUUGAAGUUACUAGCCAUACGCUUUCAAAGCUCCUUGCUGCUUUAAAUGAAUGUACAGAAUGGGGUCAAGUUUUCAUUCUGGAUGCUCUCUCAAGGUAUAAGACAGCUGAUGCCCGUGAAGCUGAGAAUAUAGUUGAGCGUGUUACUCCACGUCUACAACAUGCAAAUUGUGCUGUGGUGCUAUCAGCAGUCAAGAUGAUUCUUCAGCAGAUGGAGCUAAUCACCAGUACAGACAUAAUCCGGAAUCUUUGCAAGAAAAUGGCUCCACCUUUAGUGACUCUACUUUCUGCCGAGCCAGAAAUACAGUAUGUUGCUUUGAGAAAUAUCAACCUCAUUGUUCAGCGAUGGCCUACUAUUCUUGCACAUGAAAUCAAGGUUUUCUUCUGCAAGUACAAUGACCCAAUAUAUGUGAAAAUGGAGAAAUUAGAAAUAAUGAUAAAGCUUGCUUCAGACCGGAACAUAGACCAGGUUUUGUUGGAAUUGAAGGAAUACGCAACAGAAGUUGAUGUAGAUUUUGUCAGAAAGGCUGUUCGUGCUAUUGGUAGAUGUGCCAUAAAGCUUGAAAGGGCAGCUGAGCGAUGCAUUAGUGUUUUGCUGGAACUGAUAAAGAUUAAAGUUAAUUAUGUCAUACAGGAGUCUAUAAUAGUGAUAAAAGAUAUUUUCAGACGGUACCCGAACACCUAUGAGUCAAUCAUUGCAACCUUGUGUGAAAGCUUAGACACUUUGGAUGAGCCUGAAGCCAAGGCAUCAAUGAUUUGGAUUAUUGGUGAAUAUGCAGAAAGAAUCGAUAAUGCUGAUGAACUCCUUGAGAGCUUCUUAGAGAGUUUCCCUGAGGAGCCAGCCCUUGUUCAGCUACAGCUAUUGACAGCAACUGUUAAGCUCUUUCUUAAGAAACCAACAGAAGGGCCGCAGCAGAUGAUUCAGGUAGUGCUGAAUAAUGCUACUCAAGAAACAGAUAAUCCAGACCUUCGUGAUCGUGCAUACAUAUACUGGCGUCUUCUUUCGACUGAUCCAGAGGCAGCUAAAGAUGUUGUGUUAGCUGAGAAGCCUGUGAUCAGUGAUGAUUCGAACCAACUCGAUCCUUCAGUUCUUGAUGAGCUUCUGGCAAAUAUUGCAACCCUUUCAUCGGUUUAUCAUAAACCCCCGGAUGUAUUUGUAACCCAUGUCAAAACAGCAGUCCAGAGACCAGAAGACGAUGAGUACCCUGAUGGAAUUGAUUCAGAAAAUCCUGUACCUGUUGUUGACAAUGCUUCUGCUAUGUCCAGCUCUGGUAAUGUUUCAUAUGCUUCACCAAAGCAUUCGGCACCAGCACCUUCUGCUACUUCUCCAGUGCCGGACUUGCUUGGUGAUCUGAUAGGUCUUGAUAAUGCACGUGUCCCUGCUGAACAGCAGCCUGCAGCUUCUGAGACUCCUUUGCCUGUUUUGCUUCCAUCAUCUUCUGGUCAAGGACUCCAAAUUAGCGCGCAGCUCACACGGCGUGGUGGCGAAAUAUUUUACAGUAUGUCAUUUGAAAAUAAUUCACCUAUUGUUCUGGAUGGGUUCAUGAUUCAGUUCAACAAAAAUACAUUUGGGCUGGCAGCUGCUGGACCACUUCAGGUUGGACAAGUGCAACCGGGUGCAUCUGCAAGUACCCUACUUCCAAUGGUGGUGUUUCAAAAUAUAUCACCUGGACCUCCAAGCUCACUCCUGCAGGUUGCUGUGAAAAACAAUCAGCAGCCAGUGUGGUACUUCAAUGAUAAGAUCUCAUUGCAAAUGUUUUUCUCAGAAGACGGAAAAAUGGAGCGUGCAAGUUUCCUUGAGACAUGGAAGUCUCUUCCUGAUACCCACGAGAUUGUAAAGGAUUUUACAAGUGCUGUGAUCAACAGUGUGGAUGCCAUACUUAACAAGUUGGGUGCUUCCAACAUGUUUUUCAUAGCCAAACGAAGGCACGCAAAUCAAGAAGUUAUCUACCUGUCUGCGAAGGUGCCUCGCAAUAUAAUCUUCCUAAUAGAACUGACCGCUGCAGUCGGCGUUCCUGGAGUCAAGUGUUCGAUCAAGACCCCGAAUCCAGAGAUGGCACCUCUCUUCUUUGAAGCUAUGGAGUCCCUUCUAAAAUGACGUCGUUAAGCAUUCCUUUAAAAAUAAAUUAUGUAAAAUGUAUUGUUAUUCUUAUUGUAUAUUUGUUCCUAGAUUUUGGCUGCAUUUUUUUAUGAGUAAAAGUUACCGGGUGCUCUUUCGCUCUCUGUGGGCAGGUGCAAUACCCUUGUUUC